AUGCGCCUUAUAUUGUCGAUGACAUCUCAAAGAAAUGGAAACUGCCAAUUAAUUAAACAAAAGUGUAACCAAUCAUCUAUUAAAAAUUGCGAUGUUUGUUGGAAUGAAAAUGUGAUUACAACAGAAGGAAAUUGUCAAUCAAAUAAUUCCAACAACUGUGUCUACCAAACCAAUAACGCAGCUGAAAUUUGUGUGUUAUGUAAUAAUUUGUUGUUUGGAGAGAAUUGUGAAAAAGGUGUUAAUAAUUGUUUAACUUCAAAAAAUGAUAUUUGUUACAACCCAAGUGAAGGCUUUUAUAUUAAUAACACUCAAUUAAUUGAAUGUCCCAAUAGUGUGAUUUGUCAAUAUGGAAACAAUGAAAUUCUCAAUACAAAUAUUUUUGAAAUAUUCAAAUGCAACACCAACACAAUUCUCAAAACAAACGAAGGGUGUGUAACAGAAAUCAAUUGUGUAGAAUCAUCCAACAUAGAGUGUAUAACUUGUGUAUCAAAUUAUCACAUUUUAAAUGGAAAAUGCAUUGAAAAUAGUGAUGGGUGUUCACUUCAAAACAAAGAUCUUUGUUUGGGUUGUACAGAUGGAAUAAUGUGGGAAGGAUCUUGUUAUUCAAAGCACUUGAUUAAUUGUGGUGAUUUUGUUCAAACUUGUCAAAAAUGUCCGUAUGGUUUCUACAAAGAUGUUUAUUCAUGUAAAAGUGUUGAAGAUAAUUACCCAAAUUGUACUUAUAUUUCAAUAGUAAACGAAAUCUGUAUUGAAUGUGAACCCAAUUAUUAUCAAGUCGAAGGAAAAUGCAUUCAAAUUGAUCAAACCGUUGAAUUUAACACAUCUUUCAUGUUUGAUGUAAACACGACUCUAAUAAAUGAGAGUAACACAUCUGUUCCUACAAAAUUGACUAAUUUAGAGAAUUGUAUCGAACCCACUGAAAAGGGCUGUUUGCGUUGUAAUGAUGGGUUUUAUUUAAAAAACAACAAAUGUUUGGAAUGUGACUUUCAAUGUGAAACCUGUUAUAAUUUUACAUAUUGCACAAAGUGUAAUAAAUAUUCAAAUACAAUCGAAGGAAAAUGCAUUGAAAUCAACUCCUUAAUAGAUACAUGUGAUGUAGUGAUGGCCACAUACACUGGAUGUGUGAAAUGUAAAAGUGGUUAUUACAAAUCAUCUGAUGGAAAACAAUGUGCGAUAUGUGAUGACACAUGUCUAACUUGUCAGAAUAAGAAGAGUUCUUUGACCUGUGUAGAUGGGUUUUAUAAAUACAAUGAAAAUUCUUUGUGUCGAAAUCAAAGCGAAUUAUUAAAUUGUAUAAAUGCGACAAAAAGUGGUUGUAUUAUAUGUGCCACUGGAUAUUAUCUUGACGAAAAUAACUGUGAAAAAUGUGAUGAAAAAUGCACUCUUUGUAAGUCAAAAAGUGAGUGUUUUAAUUGUGCGACAAAUUAUAUUUUGCAAGACACCACUUGUCUUGAUCUUUCUCUAAUUGAACAUUGUGUUUCAGCAGAAAAUAAUAGAUGUACAAAAUGUGAAGUAAAUUACAAAUUAAAUUUAGAAGAAAGGUACUGUGAGAAAACAAAAAAACUAUGGAAUUUUAAUUGGUGUUCCGCUUUCGGUAUUAUUUGUUCUCAUUUUUAUUAUUAUUCUUAUAAUCGGUUCUUUAAUAUAUUUAAUACACCACAAAACAAAUAA